AUGUAUACAUUAAAUAAAAUAAACCGCUCUAUAGUAAAAGCUUAUCCACAGAAAAGGAUUCCUGGAUUCUCGUGGGGAAUCAGUGGUUCAGCUCUCUUUUCUAUAACAGUACAUCUUUCAUUAAAAGGUUCGAGCACUACUGGUGUUUCGUUAAGGAGCUCCCUGGCUUAUAAUUUUUAUGAUAUAAAAUGUAAAAUUAUGAAUGGCAAGCGAGCACCAAAAUCUUUUCUGCGUAAAGGAUCGGGCUUAGCAGGUCAAAUAAUGAAACGAAUCAAUUAUCCGAUGUUAACAAAAGCAAAUAUUCAACGACGAUUGCAAAGUUCUGUUACAGUAGAUGAUGGGAUAACUCGAACGGAUUCUCAUUCAGAUAUAAAAAAUUAUUGCCGUUUGGUUUCCAAAAUUUGGAACAACAAUGAGAAUAGAUAUAGUGUUGACGAAUUUCAUUUCAUAGGUUUAUCGGCUAUCGGUGAAAAUGGCGUAAAUAGUAAUUCUAUCAGAACAACUCCUAUCCUUAUUCAACAAAAUGAGAGGACCAAUAGACCACUAACAUCGGGCACCACUGACAGUGGUUUCAGAGAUGACGAGCGAGGCUCCGUGUUUCUUUCUCCAGAUAGUAAUGUAGAUAAUAAUGUUUCGAAUGCUUUGUGUAUUGUUGACGUAUCCAGAACGAUUAGUGGAAAUUCUUCAACUUCUGUUUCCACUGGAGCAGGAUCUCAAAGUAUUCCAUUAUGCAUUGUUGAUCUAAGCGACAUAAAUAAAUCACAAGAAACAGUUGUUUCUAAUAAGCAGUCUAAUGAAGGCAAUCGGAAACUAGAUGCUAACUCUAGAUCAGUAGUUCAGAAUCGUCAUACAGGCGAUUCAACCAUAGAGUUCGAACAAAUAGAAAAACAGUUCGAUAUCGAUGCUGCAUUUUCCAAAAGUUUUUCGGACAUUUCUUCACGUGGUACAGAUGGAGCGGCAUCGAGACAUUGGCGUCAAAUUUUCCAAGAAUUUAAAAAUGAUAAAACUCCAAGUUCGACAUCAUCUUCAUCGGAUAAGAGUGAAAUUUCUCCUCAAAUACACGAAUAUGAAAAUGGACAAAAACUAAGGCAGUUAAAAUUGCAUGAUUCAAAGGACGGAGAAUUUUCUCCUAUUCGCGAAUCUGCAAGACCUGCAUUUCAGUCAGAUUCUCAUAUGAUCCAAAGAUGUGGUUCCUCUAAUGAUCACAUAUCAGCUCGUUUUAACGCAGCUAAAAUUAAUCAUUUAAAUCGGCCUCAUCCACUGUUGCUGGGAAAAUCGGCGGAUGAAGAAUUGGCUGUCCAUCGUGAAAAAGAAAUGCGGAUCCAGAAUAAACAGUCAAAAUACACGCAGGUUUCUCAAAAUGAUGUCCGUUUUGGACAAUACUCCACUCACACGUCGUUAGUUCAUAGUUUGGCAAUGCAAUUGAGAGAUCUCAUUGCACACGUGGAUAUCACUGCUGAAGAAAAUCGAUUAAAGAUGAAAGAAUCAGGUCUUGAUCCAUUUGUUUUGCAUUAUUUGCAUUUCGUCACAACUAUCAGCAUAAAGGACUGUAUCAUCAGCGUAUACAAAGUUUAUACUUUGGGUUGCUUAUAUACCUUAUGA